UGGAGCGGGCGGUUUUUGCCGCUUGUCCCGCCACCUCCUCUGCCUCACAACCUGCCUCCUCUUCCUCCGCCGCCGCCUCCUCCUCCUGCUCUGGCUCCUCCGCCACCUCUACACGACCCCGGCCCUCUGUCCCUGAGAAGAAGCCGUAUUAGGUCUCCUUCGCGGGCCGGGGGCGCAGCCAUGGCGGACGGCGGCGGCGGCGGGGGCUCGGGCACGGUGGGCGGCGGCGGAGCGGGCCCGGCUUCGGCGGGGGCGGGGACGGGAGCGGCGGGAGGCGGCGGGAGCGGCGGCCCCAUCAACCCGGCCUCACUGCCUCCCGGCGACCCGCAGCUCAUCGCGCUCAUCGUGGAGCAACUCAAGAGCCGGGGUCUGUUUGACAGCUUCCGCCGGGACUGCCUGGCCGACGUGGACACCAAGCCAGCUUACCAAAACCUGAGGCAGAAAGUGGAUAAUUUUGUGUCAACACAUCUGGACAAGCAGGAGUGGAACCCCACGAUGAAUAAAAACCAGUUGCGAAACGGCCUGCGGCAGAGCGUGGUUCAGUCAGGAAUGUUGGAAGCUGGAGUGGACAGAAUUAUUUCUCAGGUGGUGGAUCCCAAACUAAACCACAUCUUCAGGCCACAGAUAGAGCGAGCAAUUCAUGAGUUCCUGGCAGCCCAGAAGAAGGAAGCCGUGCCAGCGCCCCCUCCAGAGCCAGAGAGCCAGGACCCCCCAGCGCCAUCCCAGGAUGCUUCCUAAGGUCCGGUACCCCGUCUUUAGCCCAGGAGCAUCAUCUCUGACUUAUAAAUGUAUGACUGGAUAGCCGAGGGGUAAGCCAUCCCUGGGGAUAAUCAUCUUGUCUGUUCAGAAAAGUAGUUACGCAGAUGGACUUCAUCUACUGUGUACGAGUCAUUUUUCACUGAACUAAGUAGUGGCGUUUUCCGGUGUCAGUGAGGAGGAGCCGGCCAUGGAGCUGUUUCAGCUGUGAAGGGAUGCUUCACUAGAAACCAGCAGGAGGGCAGGUGUGCACCAGGGCAAUUCAGAUGAAAGUCUGUUUCUCUACAGUCGCUUAAAUGAGUCUCACCCCUGGAUACAAGUUAAAUUUGGGUUUGCAAUUUGGAUAUAAAAUCAAGCAAUGCAUUCAAAACUGGCCUCAUCCUAAAUGGGACUUGAAGUCUGCUCGAAGCCCUGCUUGGUUUCCUGAUGUUUAAACAGAGUGGAGGUCACCACUGUCAGUUACCAUGGGGCUCUUCUGGUAAGCGCGUCCUUCUCUAUUUGGAAUCUAAUUUUUAAGAGUAGCUGUAGAUGCACAGAGCAGUGCUUUUUGCAGGUUUGGGAGACAGUGUGAGCCAUAUGGGCAGUGGACGGUGCUUAGCCAUCGUUAGUAACCUCUGGGUUGGCCUUGACACCUCAUUCUGCAUUGGUGUCCUGUUUGUAAGCUUCGUUAAAAUGUCUGUAUUUUUGGUAAAGCAUCAGUGAGUGAGCAAGGCAGGAACUCCGGGCUCAGGCGGCACUCACCCAAGAGAGGAACUUUCUGGAUGCCUAUGUGGGAGCAGACCUUGAUGCCAUUAUGGAGUGUCAAGACAUUCACUCCGUGUCUUCCUAGUUCAAUUGUAAAUUCUUUUAGGAACAUAAAAUUCAGUAAAUGCACUCUUUUAUCAGUAAGCAUUUUGAUAGGAUUCUCUUCGUUUUAGAAUAUGCCUGACAUCUUUUGGAAGCUCCAUCAAAUAGUGGUGAAGAAAUGCAUUCAGUUCAUAACAGUACAACUUUACAAUGAAGACAGGCCCAGGUCGUCACUGAUUUCACCUUUGACUUUGGAAGUGGGGUCCACACUGAAUGGGGAGCAAGUGUGGCAGGAGGAAAGCUGGCCUAUGUGCCCUGCCAACUGGCUAGCCUAUCCAAGGGGACACCCGCAGACACUACAGAGCCUGAAGAAACACUACAUUGGCUGGGGUUGUCCUGAAGCAAACCUUUCUACUUGAACUUGGAGACCGCGUGGAUGUUAGGGUUCGUGCUUGGGGAUAAACGAGCUGCAGUGAAGGAACGUAAGCAGCCCCCAGGAUGCAGCUUCUGAGAAUGGCAGUGGGGGUGGGCUGGGGGUUUGUGACAGCAUGUUUGGCAUCAUUCCUCAGAGCUGCAAACUAGGACGUGCAAGCUGUUAGCAUCAGACAGCUGUGACCUUCUAGUGACCCUCUUGUACGUGAAUCCUGUAGCUUCAGUGUCCUUUCCCCGAAGAGGUGACAGACACGGGACCCUAGGACGCAUGAGAAAGUCCAGACACUAGGUAAAAGGCUCUCUGUCCAGGGCUGCUUCCUGCCCUGCAAGGAGAGGAAGUCUUAGCUGUGUUUAUUUUCUUCUCAUGUUUGUGUUUUUUAGAAAAUUGAAUGAUCAAUGA